AUGUCGCUGCAAUCCGCAUGCUGCGCAGACGCGCGCCCAAAGGUCUCCUCCACAGAGGUCACAUCGCUGGAUCUUCCAGGUGUGCUGGAGGGGCUCAGCGAUGGACUAGGCAACGUGCUGAAUAUGCUGCAGCAGUGCUGCACCGAGCAGCAGCAGCUGAAGAAUCUGGCGAUCGUCCACCGAGACCAGCUCGUGCGGCAAGAGAGGCGCUUGGCUACGCUCUGCCAGGAGUUCGCACACACGACGAGAAAGAGCGAGGUCACCUUCCAGGAGACAGAGGAGGAGGACGGGCCAGACGCCAGCGACACGGAUGCGGCGAUGAUGAGCUCAUGCCUACAGAGUGCGGAAGUCCAACCACUUUGCGAUCGACCUGAGUGCAAAGCGCAGUCCACAGCCUUGGAGGUUCCUGCAGGGGACCAGGACCUUCCCAAAGACGAGCCCCUCCUGCUGCCCAUCGCCAAGAAAGGUUCGGAAACAGCCUGCCAGCGGGUGGUCACCAAGAAGUCCACAAUGCGCAGCUCUCCAUUCUUCGGGCAGAGGUUUGUGACGGGCGAGGAAUCAGAAGGAUCAGUCACCUUCGAGAUUGCAGGACUCGCCACCGCGGCGUCGCCGCGCGUUCGAACGCUGGCCCGCUUGUCGAGGGAACUGGCGAGCAGCUCCAAGACCGGGCGCUUCUUCUUCCACCUGGCCAACGCCAUCGAACUCGUGGAACAUGUCAGGGAGCCCGAGCGCCGUGGCUUCCUCGCGGACCUGGUCGGCAGCAACCAGUUCGGCGGGCUUUGCAUGUCUGUCAUUCUUCUCAAUGCCAUCAUCAUCUCAUACAUGUCAGACCACGAGAUGAAGAACCCAGGUGCACCCACACCGUACGUGCUGAUGAUGAUAGAGUUGGGCUUUGGCUGCUUCUACGCGGUGGAGUUGCUCCUAAAGCUGGCCGUACACCGACUUUACUUCUUCAUCAACGAGGACAUGCGUUGGAAUAUCUUCGACCUGGCAUUAGUGUGCUUUUCGGGGAUCGAGAUCUUCACCUCCUUCGUGCUCUUCUCCGACGGAACUCAGAAGGGAAUGAACCUCACGUUCCUCCGCUUGCUGAGACUUUGCAAGAUUGCGAAGGUGCUGCGGGUCUUGCGCACCUUGCGCUUCUUCCGGGAGCUGCGGCUGAUGCUGGACUGCGUCUUGGGCUCCGUGCUCAACGCCAUCUGGUGCAUCGCAAUGCUCUUCUUCGUCAUGUUCAUCUUCUCGCUGCUUUUGGUGCAGGGCUUGGCGGACUAUUUGGGCGAAUACGCGCGGGCCAACGGGGAGCACAGCCUGGGAGAUCCCCACGUAGGCGACAUCAUGCUCUGGUAUGGCUCAGUUGGACGAACGCUGCUGACCCUCUUCCAGUCCACCACCUCGGGGGUGGAUUGGCGGGACUGCUACCUCCCGCUGGCACAAAGCUCUGAAUUGCUGUCCUUCGUGUUCUUGCUCUUCGUGGCCCUCUUCACGAUUUCUGUUUGGAACAUCGUCACCUCGACCUUCGUUGAGAAAGCUUUGAAGUUGGCCCAGCCGGACUUGGAGUCCUUGGUCAUGGAGCAUCAUCUCAAGGACGUGCAAGAUGCUCAAGCACUCAUUGUGCUAUUUUGCAGCCGUUUGGAUUGUGUAGAGUCGUCGAACAUCAGCUACCCGCAGUUCAAGCUCCUUGCUGAGCAGCACAGAUUCCGAGCCUACCUCUCUGCACGUGGCAUUGAUAUCAAGAACGUCGAGGUCUUCUUCCGAAUGCUGGCGACGGCCAGCGGCAAUUCCGAAGUGGAGGUCAAGGUGCUGGCGAAUGCACUGGUUAGAAUGAAAGGGUUCGCGACGAGCAUCGAUCUUCAGACCUUGAACUUCGAGACAAAGAUCACUCUUUCGAAGCAGGCAAAAGCUAUCAAGGAGAUUGGCCGGCAUUGUCGUCGAAUCGAGAGACUGCUUGAUCCGGGAGCGAAGGGGCCGCCGGCGCCCGGCUUUGGCUUUGCUCCUGAUGGUCGCAAGCCCACCUUGCUGAAGAAAGGCGGCACUCCCGACCAGGAGGGGCACAAGUCCAGCCUCCAACCUCGGGAUGUGCCGGAGCAUCCAGACCCUAAGGUGAUGCCCUCCUGUCAGGACACGGGCACUGCCAUCGCUAUGGUGAAGAAGGGAGCGAACGUGCUCACCGACGGAAAAGAUGAGGAGUUUAUUUCGCGGGGAGUCUACAAGGCCUAUGCAGAAGGCUACUUGCGCUACUCACAGGUAGCGCCAUUGACCAUGUUCGACGAGGCCAAUACCAAGACGAACCUCCCGGCACAGAUCGACAUGCUCAGCCAGCCGGGCAACUCCUAUGACGUGCUGUACAUCGCGAAAGGGGGAGGUAGUGCUAACAAGACCCAGCUGCUGCAGAAGACCAAGGGUGUCCUCAAUGACAAGGCCUUUGCGGAGUUCGUGACAGAGAUGGUGAAGGGCAUCGGCACUGCGGCCUGCCCGCCGUACCACUUGGCCUUGGUGGUUGGCGGCCUGUCAGCGGAGCAGAACUUGAAGACAGUGAAGCUGGCCAGCUGCAAGUACCUGGACGGGCUGCCGGUGUCCGGCAACGCCAUGGGCCGGGCCUUUCGAGAUUUGGACUGGGAGGAAAAGAUCAAGAAGAUCUCCCAGGAGCUAGGCAUCGGCGCACAGUUUGGCGGAAAGUACUUCCUGCAUGACGUGCGCGUGGUGCGGCUUCCCCGGCACGGCGCCUCUUGCCCAGUGGGCAUCGGGGUGUCUUGCUCGGCGGACCGGCAGGCCAAGGCAAAAAUCAAUGAGGAGGGCGUCUUCCUUGAGAAGCUUGAGACAGAGCCUGCAAAGUACCUCCCUGACAUCACGGAGCAGUCCUUAGAAAAAGGAGGAGAGAUCGCAAAGGUGGAUCUGAACAAGCCAAUGGAGGAAAACCUGAAGUUCUUGGACAAGCUGCCCGUUUCCACCCGCCUGGCCUUGACCGGGACCAUCAUCGUGGCGCGAGACAUCGCGCAUGCGAAAAUGCAGGAAAUGAUCGACUCCGGCAAGGGGCUUCCUGAGUACAUCAAGCAGUAUCCCGUGUACUACGCCGGCCCUGCCAAGACUCCUGCGGGCAUGCCUUCGGGCUCCUUCGGCCCCACCACCUCCGGGCGCAUGGAUCAGUACGUGGAGGGAUUUCAGUCGCAGCGAGGCUCGAUGAUCAUGAUCGGGAAAGGCAACCGAUCGAAAGCGGUGACGGACGCCUGCAAAAAGCACGGAGGCUUUUACCUGGGCUCGAUUGGCGGGGUGGCUGCCACGCUGAGCGCCAAUAGCAUCAAAAAGGUGGAGGUUCUGGAUAUGGAGGAGUUGGGCAUGGAGGCGGUUUGGAAGAUCGAGGUCCAGGACUUUCCAGCCUUCGUGGUUGUGGACAACAAGGGCAACGACUUCUUCAAGAAAUGGUCCCAGGAGGCCGCCAAGCAGCCCGAGACGGACUCCUUCUUCGAGGAGUCCCAGAACUUCUUCUUCGGCCUCGACAAGGAUCAGAUGCUGAGCUGCAGAGCUGGUCAUUUCUGGUAG